CCACGACCACGACAAUGGCGGACUGGAAAGACGGAAUUCUUCUCAAAAUCACAAACGUAUUGGCCUACUUUUUCUUCCUAGGCUCAAAUAUCUACACAGUCACAGCGCCCUCGUCAAUCUACUACAAUGGCAAGGAAACCUAUCUGACCCCAGCUCCAUGGGCAUUCCUCAUUUGGUCCCUCAUCCACGCCCUGCUCCUUGGAACCGUCAUCUACCAGUUCUUCCCCAGUGGAAAGGCAACCAUCGUCGACGCCGUCUCCUGGCGCUUCCCCCUGUUGGCCGUACUCAACGCCAUCUACAUCAACCUUUGGGCUAGCCAGCAUUACACCUGGGCUUUCGUUUUUGCGCUAUUCGUUAGCUCUGCCGUCACGCACAUCUACUAUAUCGUGAAGAAGCAUCAUUCACCUCAGUCCUACGCCGAUGAACUGUUUAUUCAUCUUCCAUUCUCUCUCUACCACGGUUGGACCACUGUCCUUGUCGUUUUGACCGCGUUCCAGGCAUUUGGUGUUAACGCGCACCAUCACCAUGCUGGUGUCUGGACCAAAGUCUUCGUCUUCCUCGCGCUCUUCUUCCUCGAGGGAACUGCCGCAACCUAUGCCUUCUCCACCCCCGAAGGCGACCUUCCCGCUUCUAUCGCCAUUGCCUGGUCCCUGUGGGCUAUUUUCGCUCACCAGACCUCCUCUGGAUUCGUCCACUGGUCUGCCUUGGCUUUCGCGAUCCUCGCUCUCGUCUGGGUACUCAAGGGCACCAUUGGCCUCUUCCGCCGUGGUGGCCGCGUUGCUCUGAGCGACGAGGAACGUGCACCCCUCGUUGGCUAAAUCAAAAUAGGUUAUCUGCGUAUUAUCUACCUAUUUAGCCACAUCUACCACAGAUGUACGGACAUGUGUUCUCAAAUCUCAGGGACUGCGUGUUUCUAUCCUCUGUUUCCCCUCUAACCACCUUGGUCACAAUACGUGUAUAAUUAUGUUGUAGUACCUGAUUUUGUCGAGUGCCAAUCUAUUCCUAUUUCUUCCUCCA